AUGACAGUUGUUGAACGAGAUAAUUUAAGUGGUUGUACGCUGAAAGAAAAGCUGGACUUCUACUAUCGUGUUGUAAAAAAUCAAAUUCUUCGCUUUCAACAUCCUAUCAGUGGAUUAUUUCCUCUUAUGCCUAUGAACACUAAAUGUAGAUAUAGUCAUGUACGAGAUUCUGUGUACUGUGCCACAGUUGUAUGGGCUCUACACCAGUGUUUCGCACGGAUCAAUGAUGAUGAAGGACGUCAUUAUGAACUUGGUCAAAGUGCUGUCAAGUGUAUGCGUAGCAUUUUAAUGGGUUGGAUGCAACAAUCUGCGCGGUUGGAAUACUUCAAAAGAGUUCAAAACUUGGAUACUUGUCUGCACUCACGUCUUGAUUAUGAAACCGGUGAACCUAUUUAUGAUGAUCAUUAUAAAAACUUACAAAUGGACUGCAUUGGUCUGUAUGUAAUUCAGCUGGUUCAAAUGAUUCAUUCUGGACUUCAGAUUGUUUACACAAAAGAUGAAGUAGCAUUUGUACAAAAUCUUGUGUUCUAUUUGGAAAGAGCCUAUCGUAUCCCAGAUUAUGGAAUGUGGGAACGUGGAACAAAGCAAAAUCGUAAUAUAACUGAAUUACAUGCAAGCUCUAUUUGUAUGGCGAAAGCUGCAUUGGAAUCGGUUGCUGGAUUCAAUAUUUAUGGUUAUGAAGGUGGACAUUCUUCUAUCCUUUUUAUGGAUGCUGACGCCCACAGUCGUAAUAGAAUAAUUAUGACAAAUUUGUUACCUAGAGAAUCUGCAUCAAAGGGUACUGACGCUUCACUUAUUCCUUCAUUGUGUUGGCCAGCUUAUGGUACAUGUUCAACUAGUACACGAUUGCCAGCUCUGGAACGCUGUUUAGAACGUUUAAAAGGUGUUUACGGCUUCAAACGGUUUACCCGAGAUGGUUAUGCUACUGUUUUAGACACAAAUAGCGAAUAUCAACCGGGAGAAUUGAUGAAAUUUGUUGGAAUCGAAAGUGAAUGGCCAAUGUUUUUUGCAUACAUGAUUAUCGAAAAUUGUUUAAAUGGUGAUCGAGAGAAAGCAAUAGAAUAUGAUCAAUUAAUGCAACCACUUCUUGUUCAUCCUAUAUCGGAAUCAUAUCCCUGGCUUCCAAAGUUUUAUUUUGUUCCUACUGAAGAAUUGGAAAAAGAGCGUCGUUGUCGUGGUUCGGCAAUUCGUAAAAGCAGUUUCCGUUUAGUCGGUGAAUCUCGUUUUCUUUGGGGGCAAUCAAUCUAUAUUAUAUCUCAGUUACUUAUUUCUGGAUGUCUUCUACCAAGUGAUUUGGAUCCAAUCGGUCGAAGACCAUCACAUCGUUUUUCUGGAAUGUCAUCUACAUUAGGUAACGAACUUUUAUUUUCUGGGAAAUCGAUGAAUGUGACAAUUCAAGUAGUUCUUAUCUCUGAAUCUGUUCGUUUACAACAAGUUUUAGCAACUUAUGGUAUUAUCACUCAAACACCUGUACAAGUUGAACCUAUUCAAAUUUGGUCUCCAGAUCAGCUUGUUCGUGUUGGCAAAUUUAUGGGUUGCAGUGAACGUCUAGGUCUAUCUGGUCGUCCUCCUCGACCUUAUGGACAAUUAGGUACCAGUAAAUUUUAUAGAAUAUCUGGUUUAACUGUUCUUUGUUAUCCAAUAUUAUUUGAAUCUCAAGAGUUUUAUCUACUUCAUGAUAUGCAAGUGGUUAUUGAUGAAGCAAGAUUGCGUGGACGUCCCACAUUUUGUUUUCUGAUGCGUGAAGAUAUGGUAAAGGUCCCAGGCUUCGAUAAGUUGCUUCGUUUCCUUGUCAGCAUGAAAAAUGGGACUGUUCAGGAAGCCCAUGUUGUUUUGGGACGUGCACAGAAAUUUGUUGCAAGUGGAUUUGUUGAACAUUUAGACUUUUUGCCAUAUUGGACUGCUAAAGGUGAAUAUUUUCGUAGAUUACAUCAAUUAGAUACUGGACGUUCAUAUCAAAGUUUAGAUAAUUUGCCUAAAGCAGUGAAUAUACCGUCGAAAUCUUUAAAUCGGUUUCAAUCACAUAUGUCCGACGAGGAAAUUAUUCAAAGUAUUCAUGCUAUAGAUAGAAAACUUUUACAAAAAGUAACUGAUCAACAAGUAAUUGAACAAGCUAUCAAACCAGGUGAUAGUCCAUUAAACUUAGCUUAUCGAAUUGCUGCAUUACAUGAAUUAUUAAAUCGACAUGGUUUGGAUCAUGGUUUUUCAACUGAUCAGCAUUUUCUCAUUGUACGUGAUUGCCUCACGGAAUUGUCACGAAAAGCCGGUAUUCAACAGGCAUGGUGUGUAGUACGUUUAUCUGCUGCUUUAUUAUCUCAAUUCGCCAGUAGUUUAGCUCCGUCAUUGUCAACUAUUCUCGUCUAUGAAUUACAUGCUUUAUUACGUGAAGAAGUUUAUUCAUAUGAUCCGGUACAGUUUUCCUUACAACAAGAACUUAUCCUGUCUGUUAGUAGUUUGUUGACUACAAAUAAGGAGUUGUUUGAUGGAAUCAAAUUUAUACGCUUUGGUUGGUUAUUGGAGGCAAUGAAAUUGAAACUUGAACUAGAAAUAUGUUUAGGUGUUGGUGAAGAUUCUUAUCUUCAUCAUCAUCAUCAACAACAACAACAUCACGAUGGUGAAUUUUGCAAAUCUAGAUCCAUCUAUGAAUCUGUAUUAAAAUCGUUGACAAAUUUAGAAAUACACCCACGUAGUUUAGGUGCAUGUCAUUUGUAUAGUUUGCCUCCAUGUCAAGUUAAAAAUUUAUUAUUACGUACAUUGAAAGCUGGUCAAGAAGGAAAAACUCAAUAUUCACAUGAUAAUUCUGUGGAUUCCACAACAACAUUUACCCCUACUACAACUGGUUGUACUACUACACCUACUGCUGGUGGUUUUAAUUCUACUAAACCGACCGCAAAUAAUACUCGAGAAUUAUCAGUUAUCACUGAAUGUGGACCAACAAAUGUUUCGGAAUAUAUUCAUCAGACUCGUCGUACUCGUUUGCGUCGCAAUAUUCAUCAUGAUAAGCGUUCUCGUAAUUCAAGUGUAUUUUCGUCUGCAGAACUUUUAGAUAUACCAAAAGCAUUGUUUCAACGUCAAUUGGAUGGGUGUUUAGGCGUAGUACCUUCAACAUUUUAUCAAGGUGUUUAUUUUAUUCUUGAACGAUCUCCUCAUGGUAUAUUGAUUUAUGGUAAACUUCUUCCACAGAAACCUAUUUUAACUGAUAUGACGCCGUAUGAUCUCAACUUUGUUGAUGAAGUUGAAUGUCUUCUAAGAGCAAUAUGUGAUCCUGCUUAUCGGUCAUUGGUUGUUGAGACAAUGAUGGUCAUCGCAGUUAUAUUACAAAGAAACACUGAAUUAUCAUUUGAUGAGGUAGUCGAUAUUAAACUCAUUAUUAUGGAUGCAAUAAACGCUUUUAAGCGUGAUCGUCAUACUAACAUGUCUACUGAUAACGUCCUUCCCCAUUUAGAGAGACGUUUGUCAUGGUCUGAACCAGAUAUGCUGUCUUCCUUGGAACUACCCAUUUAUCUGGAAUUUGCAUCAACUCCGGCGAAUGCCACCAUGGGAACUACUUCUUAUAUCGCGAAGUCCGUGCUUGAUAGACUAUUAAAGGGACAUAUAGAUCUUACUAGCGUUACUAAAGACGCUUGUUGUGCAAUGUGA